CUUCGUUUUCAUGGCCUUAUCUUCCCCUACAGCAAAUACCCAAAACACCCAUUAUUUGAUAUUUUUGAUAAGAAUAACUCUGCCUUGAUUUUGAUUUAAUCUAAAUUAUUCCCUAAAAUAAUCAUUCGCUGUCCCAAACCCCGCCAACAGUCUCCACCUUUCACGACUUCUUAGCUCUCUGCUUCAAGCAAACACACCCUGUACACAAACCUUUACUUGUCUCUGUUCACAAUUCACCUUCAAAUUCCUUUCUUUAUCGCCUUCUCUCCUCUUUUCUACAUUACCCACAUCUCCUGUCUUCUUCUUUUUCUUCCAAUUUCAAUAAAUUUGAUAUCUUCUUCUUUACUUCUCUACUUACUGCUCUGUUUACAAGUUCUGUUUCUAUGGGUGAGAUCUCUGAGAGUGAAAAGCAGCCAAUUUGUCUUCAUGGGGACCUUGACUUGUUUAUUAUUGAAGCUAGACGAUUGCCUAACAUGGAUUUAGUCUCCACCCGUGUCCGCAGUUGUUUUGCUGGUUGCACCCCACACUCCACCGCUGCCGCUACCUCCGCCGGUUCCACCGACGAAGAGACAGGUGAAGAAGACCAGAAAAUUCAUCGCCACCGUAACAUCGUCACUAGUGAUCCUUACGUUACUGUCGUCGUUCCUCAAGCCACUGUGGCACGCACUCGUGUGAUUAAGAACGCGAAAAACCCCAAGUGGAGGCAGCGGUUUUGUAUUCCUCUGGCUCAUCCGGUAAUUGACCUUGAAUUUCAUGUCAAGGAUAAUGACCUUUUUGGAGCAGAGCUUAUCGGAAUCGUCAAAAUCCCCGCUCGAAGACUCGUCACCGGGGAGUCGAUCAGCGACUGGUUCUCCAUAAUUGGCUCCUCGGGCAAGCCACCGAAGCCGGAUACUGCACUACAUCUGGAAAUGAAGUUUACGCCUUGUGAGAAGAAUCCAUUGUACCGCCACGGUAUCGCCGGCGAUCCUGAACAUCGAGGAGUGAGGAAUACGUACUUCCCUUUAAGAAAAGGAAGUACAGUGAGAAUGUAUCAAGACGCCCAUGUGCUUGAUGAGAUGUUGCCUGAGAUUGCAAUUGACGGCGGGAAGGUUUAUAAGCAAGAGAAAUGUUGGGAGGAUAUUUGCUAUGCCAUCUCAGAAGCUCACCAUAUGAUUUACAUUGUGGGAUGGUCUGUUUUCUAUAAGAUUAAGCUGGUGAGAGAACCCACCAGGCCAUUGCCGCGAGGUGGGGAUUUGACUCUUGGGGAAUUGCUUAAGUACAAGUCUGAGGAAGGAGUGCGAGUGCUGUUGCUGAUAUGGGAUGAUAAGACAUCGCAUGAUAAGUUUGGUAUUAGUACGCCAGGAUUGAUGCAGACGCAUGAUGAGGAAACCCGAAAAUUUUUCAAACAUUCGUCUGUCAUCUGUGUAUUGGCACCGCGCUACGCCAGCAGUAAGCUUAGCUUUUUGAAACAACAGGUUGUUGGAACUGCCUUUACGCAUCAUCAGAAAUGUGUUCUUGUGGACACGCAGGCGUAUGGUAAUAAUAGGAAGAUAACUGCAUUUUUAGGAGGUAUUGAUCUAUGUGAUGGACGAUACGAUACUCCUGAGCAUCGGUUGUUCCGUGACCUUGACACUGUAUUCAAGGAUGAUUUCCAUAAUCCAACAUUUCCUGCUGGGACCAAAGCACCAAGGCAACCGUGGCAUGACUUGCAUUGCAGAAUCGAAGGGCCUGCUGUAUAUGAUGUUCUUAUAAACUUUGAGCAGCGAUGGAGGAAAGCAACAAAGUGGACAGAGUUUGGAUUGCGUUUCAAAAGGGUAUCCCAUUGGCAUGAUGAUGCAUUGAUUAAGAUAGAACGGAUUUCAUGGAUCCUAAGUCCUCCUUUUGCGAUAAGGGAUGGUGUAACAAUAGUUCCACCAGAUGAUCCCACUGUGUAUGUUUCCAGUGAAGAAGAUCCUGAAAACUGGCAUGUCCAGAUUUUUCGGUCUAUUGACACAGGAUCAUUAAAAGGAUUUCCCAGAAGAGCCCAAGAUUGUCAAGCUCAGAACCUCGUGGCCACGAAAAAUCAGGUGGUGGAUAAGAGCAUUCAAACUGCAUACAUCCAGGCAAUCAGAUCUGCUCAGCAUUUUAUAUACAUAGAAAAUCAGUAUUUUCUUGGAUCAUCGUAUGGAUGGCCAUCAUAUAAAAAUGCAGGAGCCGACAAUCUUAUCCCAAUGGAGUUGGCGCUAAAGAUUGCUAGUAAAAUUAGGGCCAAUGAGAGAUUUGCUGUGUAUAUUGUGCUCCCAAUGUGGCCUGAGGGUGACCCAAAAAGUGAUACCAUGCAAGAAAUUCUGUACUGGCAGAGCCAGACGAUGCAAAUGAUGUAUGAUAUAGUUGCAAGGGAACUUAAAUCGAUGCAAAUGGAUUCACAUCCUCAAGAUUACCUCAAUUUCUUUUGCCUCGGUAAUCGGGAAGAAAAUCCACAGCAGAUGUCCAGCACUAAUGGUGAAGCGAUCUCGGAUGCUUAUAAACAUCAGCGCUUCAUGAUUUAUGUGCAUGCAAAGGGAAUGAUUGUGGAUGAUGAGUAUGUCAUCAUUGGAUCUGCCAAUAUUAACCAGAGAUCCAUGGCUGGUUCAAAAGACACUGAGAUCGCUAUGGGUGCAUAUCAACCCCAUUAUACAUGGGCUGCAAAGAAGAAACAUCCACGUGGUCAGAUAUAUGGAUAUAGAAUGUCCCUAUGGGCCGAGCAUCUUGGGGAGAUCCAGGAAUUGUUUGUGGAACCUGAGAGUUUGGAAUGCGUGAAGAAAGUAAAGAAUACUGCUGAAACCAACUGGAACAAAUAUACAGAUCCGAAUUUCACAUUAUUGCAAGGCCAUCUUCUCAUGUAUCCUGUGCAGGUAGAUGCUGAUGGGAAGGUAGGCCUCCGACCUGGAUAUGAAAAUUUCCCGGAUGCUGGUGGUAAGGUGCUUGGAGCUCAAUCCAUCAAAAUUCCUGAUAUUUUAACAACAUAACCUUGCCUUGGCCACCAGCCCUCUUCCCUUGUGCUCAUAUAAAGCUGAAGAAAAUAUCUGGUACAUUGCUGGGUUUCAUAGUUUGACAGAUUCAAAAAGCUGUGCUGUUCCAUUCUUGUGCAAAGUGUAAUGAAAAUGACGUUAAUAUUGGUUUGUGAAUACAUACUGAAUGAAUGGUUUAUAGCAGUGGUGUGGGUUCGCUUUGGUUUCGGUUCUUGUUAAAGUUUCUUUCCUUUUUUUUUUGUGAUAUUUUGAUGAAUUAUAGGUUCGCAUUUGAUUUGGUUUCUUA